ACCAGAGUUACCACUCCUUGUUUUUCCUACUAGAUCUAGUAUUUUUAUCCUCGACCUUGUAGUCUUGUAGUUUUUUCCUAAAAAUCCAACAAAUCUCGUAGUUUUCAUUCAAAGGAAAAAAUGCGAUAAUGUUUCAUGUUUUUUGCUUACUAAUUACGUCUACCUAAGUAUACCCUUAUAUGAAUCUCAUACUCCUCGUUUUUUCUAAUGAAGAACAGUGAGACGCGUCUCGUUCGCGUUCAGUAGUCAGUACGGGAGUCCAUCGUAGCAAGUACCGGGCGAGAGCUGAACUGGGUUCUUAUUCCAACUUCCCUCAGUUUGGUGAAGAUCGUGGUCUUAAACAGGCAUAGUGAUAAGUGACAACAAUGAAAAAAGUUGACGUGGUUGUGUUGGGCGCGGGGGUGAUUGGGUCCUGUGCCGCUCUCAGUCUGCGCCGGGCAGGCCAGAACACGCUUCUCAUCGAGCAGUUCCGUUUGCCUCACAACAAUGGAAGCAGCGGCGGCCAGGCGAGGAUCAUUCGUCUGGCUAACGUGGGGCCGCCGCAGCUCACCCCCAUCAUGGACGACGCCUACAAGCAGUGGCUCCGGAUAUCAGACUUGGUUAAGGAGGAACUGAUAAGUCCCGCGCCGCUGCUGCACGUCAGCCGUUCAGAAGAGAAAAUCAAGCAGGCGGCGGCCUCAAUGGAGCUGGGAGGAGAAAAACCUGUGUGGCUCACUCCCGCCCAGACCAACGCUAAGUACUCGACUCGCUUCACUGAUGACUUCAUGGUAUUCGAGGAUACAACGGCAGGCGUGAUGCGGGCGGAUCGCUGCAUCGCAGCUGUGCAGAAGCUGUACCGGGAGGCUGGGGGACGCGUGCUGGAUGGGUGGCCGGUUACCAAGGUAGAGGCAGGGCGGCCCUGGCUCAAACUGAAGGGGCCGCGAGGGGAGGUGCAAGCACGCGCCCUUGUCCUGUGUGCCGGGCCGUGGACUGCCUCAUUGUUGGAGUCCUUCGGUGUCCGUCUGCCACUCAGGUCAGUGCGCACCCAAGCCCUCUUCUGGGAGAACAAGAAAUUCCCGCACGCCAGCUUCCUCGACUUGAGCACCACAAACUACCAUUACGGCCUGCCAGCCAUGGACGCCGGCGGCCGCUACAAGGUGGGUAGACACGGCGGCGUUGUGGUCCCUCCUGGCACUGAAGUUGACCUGAGUGAGCUGACAGAGGACACCAUUCCUUUCUUUAACAAGUACUUCUCCUUCGAAGUCGAUAAGCCAAGUGGGAAGGAGUAUUGCUGGUACACGGUGAGCCCAGACGGAGAGUGUAUCCUAGACCGCUGCCCCAAACACCCAAACAUUGUCUACGCCACAGGGUUCACAGGCACUGGGUUCAAGCUGGGGCCGACUGUCGGCGAUAUCCUCACUGGCAUGAUACUCGGGCGGGACCACGGUUUCGAUAUCUCCCCCUUUGGCGCCGCCCGUUUCACCGACUUCAAGACCCAGUAUCGCCUGCAUAGCAAGUACUGAGCAGGCUGCUGAAAUGAGGCUUCCUUGGUACAGAGGAACAGAAGCAUUGAUGACUGUUAACGCAUCAAUACAAGCACACGCGAUUAGAGAACAAAUUAUGAACAUAAAUAUGCUUUCAAUGUAUCUCUGAAAUAUGUAGAUUAUGAGGUUAUAUCUGUAUAUGCAAUACUUGUUUAUACAUAAACAGAUUGCGAUUAUGAGACACUGGGUUGGGAGAUGAGGAGACGUAAAUAAUUGAACAUUG